AUGCAAAGCGAUUCCAGCCAUGAAGACGACACUCGAGACAAAAUAGAAAAACCUGUUCGCUCUCGUCCUAAUAUUUUGAUCACUGGCACUCCAGGAACAGGAAAAACAACGACAAGUGAGUUGGUUGCCAUAGCCACUGGGCUACAUCACUUGGAAGUGGGAAAAUUGGUAAAGGAGAAGCAGUUGCAUGAUGGAUUUGACGACACAUACCAAUCGUUUAUGAUCAACGAAGACAAGGUUGUUGAUGAAUUAGAGGAGAUCAUGGCUCAAGGUGGAGUUGUUGUUGAUCAUCAUGGAUGCGAUUUCUUUCCUGAAAGAUGGUUUGAUCUGGUUGUUGUCCUUACAUGCAACAACACUACAUUGUACGAUCGGCUCCAAAGCAGAGGAUAUUCAGAUAAAAAGAUUCAAGACAAUGUCGAAUGCGAGAUCAUGCAAGUGGUUGCAGAUGAAGCUCGCGAGUCGUAUGAAGCGGACAUAGUGAUAGAAAUGCUAAGCGAAACCGUUGAUAAUAUGGAACAAAAUGUCGAUCGCAUCGAAGCAUGGGUGACUGAGUUUAUUCUACACAACGACAACUCAGUUGAAUAA